GAUGAACCCUGGAAGGGGCGGGGUCUGUGUGUUUGUGUGUGUAUGUGGUGUGUGUGUGUGUGUGUGUUUCUGCGGUCAUACGGAUUGAACGCGGAGGUGCACCUGACCGUGAACGGAGACAAGAGCAUCAUUCCAGUUUUACACUUCAGCGCCUGACCAAGACAAUGGACUUUAAAGGUGAUAUUCAUUCAAACGGAGCUCCCAAAUCUGGCCAAGAUAAUCUUUUAAAGAAAGAUACUAUGGCUACCCCAGAGGCAAGAAGUUUUGACAUAAAAGUUGGUAACCCCAUGGAUAAACUUGAUGCGAAAAAAGAAGACCCCAGCUUCAUUUCUGGAUUGUCUGUAGGGCAGAUUGGGAGUCAGUGCCAAGGUUCUCUGGGAGAAAAGGGCUUUGGUCAGAUCUCUAACACUGACAUGUUUGGUUUCCCCCAGCAAGGAAUGAAUACAACUGCUAAUAUGAAUGUGGGUCUGGCCCCCAUUCAGUCCACUAAACCUCCCACCAUGGCUGAAUCUCAGAAGACAUCUAUCUUACAUGCUAAUGAACCACCAAAACCUUUCCUGGCCCCCAGUAAACCAUCUGAUACAAGCACUCACAAUAUCUUGGACAAACCUGCAGAGUUAUGCUCCUGGACAGGUCAGGCCAUGCACACCCAUUCUCCCAGCCAGGCAGAGCAGAGUCCCUCAGAACUUUUGGGUUACCAAGGGGGUCUACAUAAAGAUGCCACAUCAGAUGAAGGGUCUAAUGAGGCUAUACAGCAGAAGAGGAAAAAAUGUGAAACUAGUGAAGAGGCAUGUGGUCUCCUGGAAAGCCUCAGAUCUCCUGAGAAAACCCAAUCAAAAAGCUCUAACCAAGAAGACGAUGGUGAUGGCGAGACCUGGAAGAGCGAAAUUCGAGAGUGGGGUGGUGGACGGAUCCAGGCAAAGAAAAGUAAGAGCAGAAUGAAGCUCCCUGAGGAGUGGGCCAAUUUACCAAAUACAGGUAGCCCCUCUCUUCCUCCUGACCCAAAUACCGCAAUGGACAUAGACAAGGAAAUGCUUGAUCCUGAUACCCAUGAGGCCAAAGACCCACCUAGUACUUUGGUUGAACAAGAGAGUUCACUACCUUCUUUUUCAACUAUGCAUCAGUCGGCUAUCCCGGCAACAAUAAGUCAGGCGAAUACCAUAUUACUGUCUAACAGCCCUGACCUAUCCAAAAGCAAUCAAGUCUUGACCCCAAAUCUUACAUCUGGCCAUGAAACUACUGCACAUACCAUCUCUAGCCCACAUGCAGACACCAAAACCUUCCAGAACAAUUCAUCUGUAAGUGAUCCUUCCUCAUCUGGCCCUUCCAGCACUGUAGUAAGCCAAAAUUCUGCAGAUCCUGCUUCCCUCACUUCUCAAACAAAGCAUCAGGAUCCACCACUGGCAAAGUCCCACCAAGUGAAAGAAGAAACAAUUGCCAAAGAAAAGACAGAGAAAAUUGAUGCUUCACCUAAGACUGAUAUUUUGGACACGCUUGUAAAAGCAGACAAGCCUGAAAACACAGAGAAGAUGGACAACCAGAAAGUGGACAAUAGGCAGGCAGAGAAACAGGACUCUCAAACUGAGAAAAAUGGAAAAGUUGAGAAAGUGGGUAAUGUUGAAGAGACAAAAAAGGAAGUAAAGGAGGAGAAGAAGAAUGGCAGUGAAAAAGUGGAUAAGACAGUCAAGAAUGAGAAGAAUGUGAAGGCUGCCAAAGAGACCAGCAAACCCACUGCAGCCAAUGGAACUAAAGAUUUGAUCAGUCCUGAUAAGGUUAAGUCAAAUAAACAAAACUCUGCAAAACCAAGCUCACAUUCCACUGGAGAAAAUGCUGGUGCCCUCAACUCCAGUUCAACAAAUAAAAAAGGCCCUGCGGCCAAGAAAACAUCUCCAACUGGCACCAAGAAGCCUCCUGGCAUCACUUCUUCCCAUGAUGCAAAGACCUCGGAAAACAGCACUCCAACCCAGAGGAAGCCUCCAGUUCCAAAGUUUAAUGGGGCAUCAGCUCCAAAAGGCUCUUCUGGCACCAAGACCAGCAGCUCCUCAGCUAAACCCCUAAAGAAGACUCCUGCAAAUGCAGCCAGUACACCAGCUACUGAUGGGACUUCAGCCCCUCGGCCCUCCCGUAUCACCAAACCUCCUGUGCCCAAGCAGGUACCCCUGCCAAAGAAACCCCCAGUGCCACGAGCACCACGCAGUGCACGAGUUCCUAACACAUCUCUGCCGGAUCUAAAGAAUGUGUCCUCAAAGAUUGGCUCCACAGAUAACAUGAAGUACCAGCCUGGUGGAGGCAAGGUUCAAAUUGUUCACAAAAAACUGGACUUCAGCCACAUCACCUCUCGCUGUGGCUCCAAGGACAACAUCAAGCAUGUCCCUGGAGGAGGAAACGUUCAGAUUCUGACUAAAAAAGUCGAUUUAAGCAAAGUGACCUCAAAAUGUGGCUCCAAGGACAACAUUAACCACAAGCCAGGUGGUGGUAAUACAAAGCUUGAGUCUCAGAAAAGCAAGUCCAAAACAGGAUCAAUGGACAGUGUGGGACAAGAGCCAGGAGGUGACCACGCUGAGGUGGUAGGGGUUCAACAGAAAUCUGAAGGAAGCCCCCCUGCUCCUGCAAACCCACCCAUUCAGACCAAUGGAGAGAUGAAGGAGAAGGGUGUAAAUGAGAGCUCUCCUGUACCCCCACCUGCACCCUCUGAAGGACAGGGAGUCUGGAAUUCUCAAAGUCAAGCCAAACACAUCCCUGCCAUCAACUGAAUCCCACAGGCUGAGCUUCCAAGAGGAGCUUAAACAAAACCGUGGCACCAGUAUCAUCUCCUGGUCCCUUCCUGAGUGGCAGCCACCUUUCACCCACAAUGCAUUUGCAGUGUUUCUCUGAGGUCCAGUCUCCUCCCUCUCAACCUAGCCUGUUGCACAUAGUAGCUAGGGAAUGGGCUUGAAACCAGCACACUAGCAGAACAAAAGCCGAACCUUUUAACAUAUCGCCUUUAUAUCGCCGUUAUGUCACACCAUUAUCAACUACUUCUCUCUUUUUUGAUCAUCUUCUUUGUUUCUUCAGAUACACACAGAUUGGAUCUCAAUUCAAGGCUUCGGCAGGGUUUCAGAGCCAGCUUGGUUUCAGUGUGCAGUGCUGAGCGGAAGCCACAUUAGCCUCAUACUGCUAACUAUAUAGAAGCAUGCACUUAUUCGUUCCUUGCCAUUUCACAAGUGAAGUACAAGGGUCAAAAUAAUCAAUAAUAAUUACGGCAUCCAGAGGAGGAAUCGUAAAAUAAGAAUGAUGCCUUGCCCAAAAAGUCAAUUAACAAAAAAAAUAUAUAUAUAUGGCAGAAAUAUAUAAAAUGAUAUAUGAAUAUAAAUCUACCAGACUAAAAUUAGAAUAUAUAAACAGCCUAGGUUUACAGUGAGCCAGUAUGAUUUUAAGGUUGCCCAUUGCCCAAUGGAAAUUCCCAUUCAGACACUAAGGAGCCUGUAUUGUACCUGUGUAAGUUUGCCAGACCAAAUGUUUAUCCCAUCCAAAAUGAGGAAAUCACACCACUCAACUGUUGGACCAGUGAGACAGUUGCAAUUUUACUGUAAUGUGUUUGCAUAGAUUAUUUUAAUAGCUGUCAAACCAUUAUUUUAGGCCAACAUUUGUGGAAAAGUAGUAUGCAGGAUCUCUAAACACAAGGACAAAUACCUUUCGAACAUGAACAUAUUUACUGUAGUGCAAUUCCCUUGAAGAGAAAGAUCACACAGGGUGGCAACUGAAACCUGAGCUGAGGCACGACAUUAUCAAACAAAGGGAAAUACUUUAAUAGCGCAAAAUGAGAAUACACAAUCAUUACUUCCUCUGUUGUGGUCAGAGAUCUACCUUAAUUUAAGUGCAAAAUCUGACCAACGGUGCACAGGGAAUAUUUGAAUAUAUUUCAUUUUAAUAUCAAAAGCCCAACAUUUAUUUUACACAGUGUAGUUAUAAGGUAAAGACAUGAACUAGUGAACUCUUCAAUGAAAGCCUUUUUUAAAAUUGGACACAAUAUGUUAAGAAGCACAAUAUAGAGUUAACUGACAUUUGGGAGAAAGACCAUGCCUGACACGUUACCAUAAUCCUUGUAACUUCCCCUUGGUGACAAUACUUCCACACCAACCACCUCCCUGUCUCCUCCCUACUUUUUAGAAACCCCUACCCAACAGUGGGCCUGGCUGUCUAGAGCAAAGCAGAAUCACAAGUUCUCACAGUUCUCCCCACUUUCACACUCAAUCUCCAUGUCACUUAGUUGAGGGCGUGGUCUGCACUCACAAAAUUUAACAUGUGAUUAUAAAAAUCUCUGUCUUCAAAGUGCGUAGUAUACUUUAUCCGGAUACAGUGUAAACAUCUAACAAAAUUAAUCAGGCAAGUUCAUGUGAAUUCUACUUGAAUGUUUAGGCUUUGCACAGAGGAUUCACUAAGAUAUGUGUAUUAUCUAAUGUUUGUGUCUGAAAGCCUGUGGAUAUAAUCAGCAACAUUAAUAUUCAGUACUAUGUGUACAUGCCUUUGUGCCUAGUGUGUGUGAACAGUGUGUGAACAGUGUGCAAUGGUCACAUGUAUUCAUGCAUGCAGCCAUGCUGUCUUACUUUAUGAAUGAUCUCAUGCAUAAUGCCUAGUCAAAGACACCUCAACAACACAUACACAAAAAUCAGUUCGUAUAUAGUUCUACUGGCUGGUAAAAAAUAAAAAUAAAAUGAAAAAAAAUAUUAUUAUUUACCAUUUAUGUACACUAUACAGCAUUUUGGUAUUUACAGAAGAGAAUAGUUGUGCAAUUUUUCUGUUGUUGGGGUGACAAGUUAAAGGAUUGCAUUACCACUAGAAGGCUGCAGAAGGCGCAAGGCAGUGUAUUGUACUGGAUAUGUUUAUUAGAUACGACAAGACAAUCCAUUUUCUGGUAUUUUGUAGUGUGUUUUGUAGAUCAGCAUGCUUAGCAAACGUAAAUAGCAAUAAUUCGUGUGCAUCAGAUGAACAUUCAUCUCAAUUUUUCUUUAAUAUGCUACAUUCAGAACAGAAAAACAAACCCCCAUAUAUUUAAAAUAAGAUCAUUUAUGCAGCUAAAACCCUGCAAGACAAAAUUCAACACAUGUACUAGAAUAACAUACAUCCUGCUCCUGCUCUAUUCGUGAAGCACUAUUCUAUCAUACUUGAUGUCACAUUAGUUUGUAGACAGUUUCAUGUUACUAAUGCUCUUCUUAUUCAGUCCUGAAAGCACAACAGAACAGAGCAAGGCACAGUAUUACGACAAGUGACGAGUUAAACAUUAUUUCAUAAAUAUUCUGUGUAAACUUUGAUCAAGUUGUAUUUGAAUCUGUUACAAAAACUUGAGCUUUGCUUUAGUUUAAGAAAUCAGGCAUGAUCAUGAUCUGUGUAAAUGUUUGAUGCAUUUUGAGAUAUUUCCUGUCCGUUUAUUAGCUCCUCUUUAAAUGAUUGGGUGUAAUUUAUUUAGCUGUACCUAUUUUGCCGUUUUACCAACAAUAACCGAACAAACCCACAAAUUCCCAUUGUGAUUGAGGUCAGACGCAGAUGUAUCCUAAAGCAGUCAGUUUGUGACAUGAAGCCCAUAAUUGGGAUCCUGUUUUCAAAUAUAUUCAUCCAUGUGCACCACUUAUUCAUACUAUCCCAUGCUAUUGGUAAUUGAGAUCAAAUAUUUCCACAAUCCAAGAGUAAUGAUGUUCAUUUGUGGCAGGUGAUUCAGACAAAUAGGAUAUUGCUAUAAGGACCAAACGUUUUUUUUUUUAAGUAUAGCACAGCACCGAGUUCUAGUUUAUCCACCCCCCAGCCUUUGGACAGCAAACUUCCUUUGUAAUUUAUUGUUUUGUGUUCCAAGUUAUGCAUGCUGGGGUUUCUUUUGUUGAAUGAAUUGUGUUGUGUUUAGUAAACGCUAAUUUCAGUGUUUUAACCGGGAUGUCAGAAGAAUAUUUCCUAACAUCUUGCGCGUGAAGCAGAAUGUGCCGUAGGCCUACAGAUUGUUGUCUGAUUGUUUAAAAUACAUUUGUGUGGAGGUGAGGUGCAGUUCUGAAAUGGAUAACCUUAAACAUUAUACAGCAAUAAUAAUAAUAAUAAUAAUAAUAAUAAUAAUAAUAAUAAUAAUAAUAAUCAUAAUACACAAUUUUCAUCCCAUCUUGGAAUGUAAUUAAAUUAAAAGACGGACAGACUUAUACAUGCAUGAUCAGGGUUACAGCCUAUUCUCUUUUAAUAUCCACUCACCUGUUUAAUGGGAAAUAAAUUAGGACUCAUGACAGGCAGAUGUGUCCUUGAGUGUCCUUUAGGAAGCCGAUGGAGAAAUAUAGAGUAAAACUCAUCGUUAAGCCCAACAAAUGUGGUUGCCAUUACCUAAUGCUUCUGAUACAUACAGUUUAAAGGCAUCGGUCAGUGUUGUCUGUGAUAUAAAACCAUAGUCUCACAGUGGUUGAAGUAAAAAAAACAGUGGCAUUAGGCAGCUCCAGUAUGUGUAUGGGCUCAGUGUGUUUACUCACUAGUUAACUCUCAAUUUAGAAUGGACUUUAGACAUCAGUCUUGUGGUGGAUGUAUUGAUUAUUGAUUUGCCUAUUAACUGUGUACUCUUUGUUGUGAUUGUCAACUAUUGAUGUGAAAGGUAAUCAUUAAAAAUGGCUAGCUAAAAAGUGUCCAUUUAACUGUGUAUGGUGUCAACAUUCACACUACU